AUGACCCGACCAGAGGACACAAUUCGAGGACAACGUCCGUACCGCAGUGAGGCCGAUGAAGAUGACGGGGAGAAAAGUGGGACUGACUCUCUCGUACCGCCACCCUUGUCGUACAACGAGGGCUCUCCCCGCACUGAAGAAGAUAGCUCGAGACCGGGUACGGCGAUGAGUGACCAUCCCGGUUCCAAUAAUAGGCAAACACCAAGCUCGAAGUUGUUAUCACAAGAAGAUACGAUCGAUCUUGCCAGACGAGCGGUAGAAAGUGGCAUUCAAGAUACCAAGCGGUCCUUAGCUGGGAGUGAGGCUGUGACUGAUGUGGUCAAACCAAAAUUGACAAUCGAUCUGGGCCAUUCCCAUAUUGUACGGAUCCCAGAGCCGGUGGUUGAUAUCAUCAAGGAUGAAGUGGAAAGACUCUCCUUGUCCAACAACCAUCUCUUUCAUAUUCCCUACCGGUUUGCAGAAUGUUCUCAUCUCCGAUACCUCAACAUCAGAGCCAACAACUUUCGAGAAUUCCCUAAAGGAGUCUAUAAACUGCCCCUGCUGGAAAUUCUUGAUCUCAGUCGCAAUAAGAUCAAUGCACUCCCGGACGAAAUCAAUAAAUUAAAAUCCCUACGAGUGCUCUCAGUCAUGCAGAACCGACUCGAUGACCUUCCAGUUGGUCUGUCCGAGAUGAAUAAGCUCCAAAUUCUUAAAAUAGCAGGAAAUCCGUUGCGAUAUCCCUUGCGCCGUGUUCUGGAGGCUUCAGAGGCGGACAUAGCUCCUACCAUGACAGACAAUGAAAAGGAAGUUGCUGUGACGGCGGAGCUGAAAAGGUUCCUCAAGUCUCGACAGCAGGCGACGACACCAGAGCCUGAGAGUAGUGCCGAUGGAAGGUACGGACUUCUUGAUCUCCAAAAAGAUGAUAAAUCAGCUAAACAUGAUCGCAGCGAGGGAGCAUUCGAUACCCCCAAACCUAUACCAGUUAAACGCAAACUCAGCAGUCGAUUUCCUGUUAUCCCAAGCAUAGGUGAUGGGCCGGCGCCUUCUUCUCGAUCCCCGUCGCUGUCCCGUCCGCCAAUUCCAGUGAAAUCCCACUUCCGCAUGGCGUCUGGACAACAGCCCGCCAGCUAUCACAUGGCUGGCCUUCAACGACCAGGAAUAAAUCCACAUGCAGUAAACGAACGAAAUCGAAGUAACAGCGAAGGCAUUAUUCAGGCGUCCUUUGCUGCCCGCAACAAGCGAAUGGGUGUGAUUACCCGCAAGAAUACCGAUUUAAGUACCCUGGAUGAAACCCGUCCAUAUCGGAAUAGCCAUCUACGUGGACUCAGUCAUGGCUCUGUCCUCCGGGCACAUCCUGCAGCUCCUACUCCUGCUAGUGGCAGUAGUUCCUCAAGUCCAAGUAGCCCAAGAGAACGUCGUCGUUUACGCGACGGUUGGGUCAAUCGGAUGUCGAGCCUCCCUGAACACAAAGUCGAGCGAGGAUCCGAUGAACCGAUCAUCGAAAGCGCUAAGGGCAUCUUGUUCGCACUUUUCCAGGUUCAUUCCCAUAUUUCCACACUCAUUAACGUCAUAAAACGGGAUGAUGCGCGCCGUCAUAGUCUCGAGCUCGUCUUUUACAAUGCUUCAACCCAUGUUGAUCGCCUUAACGAAGCUCUUGAAAAUGCAGAAACAACCUUGCCCGAUGACCCGGAAUCAGCAUCUAUGCUCACAGAGAACGUCAAGCGAGAAUGCGAGACAUGUAUUAUAGCCUAUUCGCAUGUGGGCACGCAGCUUCGCAACAGUGCCGCUAAAAUCGUCUCGAACGGUGAUUCUAGAUACGUGCGAUCGCUUAUGCUGACAUUGUAUGGGAGCUUGGUGGAGCUGCGAAAUGCAUGUGCCAGUCUCAACAUCCCUUUCCGACCUGUACCUAAGCGGCUCUCUGCACCCAGGCAACCUUUGCCUGAGAUACCGAGAGGGCCAGUGCCUCCGGAAAGGCUCCAGCGAUCGAUUGUCACUCCAACAAGAGAUACAGCUGCCCCGGCACGUCGACUGAGAAGCGAUACAACCAUCCGACACCCUCAGCUUGCCUUGGGAGGUCCAACGUCUAUGGCAGGAUCUGUACAGUCAAUCGCCGGUUCACCUGGCUUCUCAACUCCAUCCUUUAACUAUCCUCGCAGCAGAUCUAGCAGUCGAUCAAAUUUGAUCAAUACCUCUGUACCGUCAUCUUUAGCGACACCUCGCUCGGGCGAAGCAUUUCCUCCUAUCCCUACCUCGGGUGCGCCUCGAAUCAAUCCAUUGACUGGAUUGGACGAGAUAGAAGAAGAAAGAAUCUUCGAGAAAAUCUUCCACCAGCUCACUUCCGCGUAUUCUGCAGCUCUGCAGGCGCUUCCACUCGCACGACGGCAAUUUUCGAGGUGCCUUGAAGCGGCCGAACAGUCACGAGACUCCGAAGGGAUCCAAAUCCUCUGGAACAACCUCAUUCGGCGCUGUCGGUUCUGUCUGGAAGUAUCAGAGGCAUUAGGGAUGCGGCUGUCCACAAUGAAAGUCAAAGAGCCAGGCGGUGGACUGCGGAACCAACGCGAGUUCUGGCAACUUUGCAAAACUUUCAUGCAGUCAUUCGUCGAUUUGGUGACUGACAUGCGGGAGGUUCGCAGUAUGCAAUUGCUCCCGGGCGACAUAAUCAUCAUUCUGCGUCCUGUUCAAAAGGCCAGUCGGGAAGCUGGUCGGUUGAUCGAGGCAUCUCCGUGGUCUUACCUAUCGGACAUGGCUCCCAGCAACGCACCAGGCAAUUUAUACGGACCCCCACUUCAAACUCCACAAUCGCAGCAUCAGACUUCGGUUUCAACUUCCGCCAUAUCCAGCCAUCCCAACGCGUACCAGCUUGCUGCUAGCAUGUCUCCUCAGUCGGUCACCGUCCCGGCCACCCCACUGAGUGCUGCCCUUGGCCCCGCAGCACAGGCUACCGUGCCGUCCACGCCAGCUAGCGCGUACAGUGACAAGUUCUUUGAAGGUGAUGUGUUUCAGCGUGCCGACUCACUUCUUUCAAUGCCCAACCAAGCGCCGUUCUUCACUCGUCGCUAA